AUGAUAAAAGAGGUCAUUUUGAAGUGCCUUAUUAUAAUUCAGGUGACACAAAAUACCCCAUGAUAAUUAAGGUCACUCAUUAGCAAUCUAACACUACAAAUGACAAAAAUUACAACUCAUGCCAUCAUCUCCCUCUUCCCCGGUCCAUUUCAGAAUAUAAGUAACCCUUCCCUCUCUCUCUCUCUCAACUGACCUCACCGUCAUGGUCCAGACCCGAUCGCUCACCGACAUGCCCCCACCCAGCGACGGAGCUCUGCGUGCCGUAACCAAAAUCCCCGGCGAUGGAAUCGGACCGCUAGUCAAGAACGCUGUCGAGAAGGUGAUGGAGGCGAUGCAGGCGCCGGUCUACUUCGAGAAGUACGAUGUCACCGGCAACAUGCCAAGGGUGCCGGAGGAGGUGAUUAAGUCGAUCAGGAAGAACAAGAUGUGUCUAAAAGGCGGGCUGGCGACGCCGAUGGGCGGCGGCGUUAGCUCGCUGAACAUGCAGCUCCGGCGAGAUCUCGAUCUCUAUGCUUCGUUGGUCAACUGCUUCAAUCUGCGUGGCUUACAGACCAAGCAUGGCAACGUCGACAUUCUGGUGAUCAGGGAGAACACCGAGGGUGAGUACUCGGGGCUCGAGCACGAGAUCAUUCCUGGAGUUGUUGAAAGCCUUAAAGGUGUGGGAUAGGAUCGCUCUAGGUCUAGCCUCUCAGUAUGUAGUAUGCUUACUACAUAUUCAAAUCUUGAGAACCAUCCUGCGAAAAUCAGAGCUCCAGAACUAAGUUGAAAGAAGAAGCUGCUUUCAGAAACUUUUUGGAGGCUUUGAUGCCUCUAAUAAUUUGAUAAAGCUU